GCCUCAACACCACACCAACAGUGUUCUAUGUCUAUAUGUAAAAGUUUCUGGUUUAUUUUUUUUUUUUAAUUUCUCUAUGCAAUCUUUGUGAACUUCUCUAGUUUGAUGCAUUAAAUUCUAGUUUGGAUACUUUUUUUCUGUUAAUUUCUUCGUUGCUAUAUAUAGACAGAUACAUUACAACCUUACAGAUAUUUUUUAUUCUCUCUCUAGAAAAAGCUCUUAAGGUUUAUAGAUUUUUUUAGCUAUUGACAGAGGAGCGAAAAAGAAGCUCCUUCCUUCAAACCCAAGUAAACAUAGUAUCAUGAUUUUCCUCUUCAUUUCUUUUCCUUUAUCGAAUAAUUUCCUUUCUGUAAUGGAAAAAAACAUAUAACAAUUUUGUUUGAGGGCUUUUUUCUCUUUCUAUAUUCUAUAGCAUGGAAAAAAACAUUCUAGUAAUUUUGGAUGCAAGAGGGAGGAGAGCUAUAAGGAAGUAAUUUUGGAUGACGAAGAAUAUCAUGAUCUGGGUGGUUGCUAUAAGGAAAUAAUGAGUCUUGAUAAUAAAAGAUGCAAAUUUUGAUCUGGGUUUUUGCUGGAAGAAAAAAAGACAAGAAUUGAAGUUGAAAUUAGAAGGGAUUUUUUCUUUUUGAUUAGUGGAUCCAAUGGAGUCACCAAAUGGGCAACCUAGUCCAAUGCCCAGGAAAAAGAUGACCAAACAGUUAACUGGAAAAAAAGACGAUACGCCAUUACAUUCUGCAGCUAGAGCAGGAAAUUUAGGUGCUGUAAUGGAGAUCCUAACUGGUACCGGAGAAGAAGAGUUGAAGGAAUUGUUAGAGAAGCAAAACCAAUCAGGAGAAACUGCCCUUUAUGUUGCUGCAGAAUACGGUUAUGUUGAUGUGGUUAGAGAGAUGAUAAAGUACUAUGAUCUUGCUGAUGCUGGUAUCAAAGCAAGAAAUGGAUUUGAUGCAUUCCACGUUGCUGCCAAGCAAGGGGAUAUGGAGAUAUUGAGAGUCCUAAUGGAGGCCCAUCCGGAAUUGUCUAUGACCGUUGAUUUGUCAAACACCACUGCUCUGCACACGGCUGCCACAAAAGGGCAUAUAGAGAUUGUGAAUCUCUUAUUAGACGCAGGGAGUAGCCUAGCAACCAUUGCUAAAAGCAAUGGAAAAACUGCCUUGCAUUCUGCAGCUAGAAAUGGACAUGUAGAGGUUGUGAGAGCACUCCUAACAAUGGAGCCUGGGAUGGCAACAAGGACAGAUAAAAAGGGGCAGACGGCAUUUCACAUGGCAGCGAAGGGACAAAAUAUUGAGAUAGUGGAGGAGCUGAUUGUUGCACAACCUUCAUCUAUAAACAUGGUUGAUACCAAGGGCAACACGGCCUUACAUAUAGCAACCAGGAAAGGCAGAAUUCAGAUUGUUAGGUUGCUACUUGGACAUAGUGGAACCGACUUGAAGGCUGUGAAUAGGACAAAUGAAACAGCACUUGACACUGCUGAGAAAACAGGGCAUUCAGAAAUUGCAGCCAUCUUGCAAGAACAUGGGGUUCAAAGUGCCAAAACAACGCAGCCGCAAGAAAAAAAUCCAGCACGAGAGUUGAAACAGACAGUAAGCGACAUAAAACACGAAGUCUACUACCAACUAGAACACACACGUCAAACUAGAAAGCGUGUGCAAGGCAUUGCUAAACGUCUUAACAAAAUGCAUGCUGAAGGUCUUAACAAUGCCAUCAACUCCACAACUGUUGUUGCUGUUCUCAUUGCCACAGUUGCCUUUGCAGCCAUAUUCACCGUUCCCGGAGAAUACGUAGAAAACCCUGAAGAAAUCCCUCCUGGACAGUCUCUAGGGGAAGCCAAUAUCGCACCGCAAGCUCCCUUUAUCAUCUUCUUUAUCUUUGAUUCCAUCGCCCUCUUCAUUUCCCUAGCUGUUGUGGUGGUGCAAACAUCAGUUGUAGUCAUUGAGAGCAAGGCAAAGAAGCAAAUGAUGGCGAUCAUAAACAAAUUGAUGUGGAUAGCCUGCGCACUUAUAUCAGUUGCCUUCUUAGCGCUAUCUUUUAUUGUUGUUGGCGAGCGAGAGAAAUGGCUGGCAAUUGGCGUGACAAUCAUAGGAGCAACUAUAAUGGUGACAACGCUGGGAACAAUGUGUUACUGGGUUGUAAAACAUCGGAUUGAGGCCUCAAAUAUGAGGAGUAUACGAAGAUCAUCACUUGGGAGCAGGUCACGCUCGUUUUCAGUUUCUGUAGUGUCCGAUGCUGAGAUCCUCAACAAUGACUAUAAGAAAAUGUAUGCUAUUUAAAUUUCUCAACACAUUUUAUAGUUUUAUCCUUCUAUAAAUCGAUCUUUUCAACGU